AUGGGGAACACUGAGAGUAUGGAGUCUCAGCUUGCUGUUAUCCGGUCGAGAGCAGCUCCGGUCAAACUGCCGAUGCCUGACGCUGCUGAGCUGGAGGAGAGGUUCUCCAUCGCCCUGGGUCAGAGGUCAGAGUGUUGUCUGAGCCCAAACCUCUCAUUACAGAACUCCAUGAACCUUCCUCCAGACAAAGUCCGUCUGUUGAGAUCGUACGACAACGAGAAGAAGUGGGAGCUGAUCUGUGACCAGGAGCGGUUCCAGGUGAAGAAUCCUCCACACACAUACAUCCAGAAACUCAGAGGAUUCUUGGACCCAGCAGUGACACGCAAGAAGUUCAGGAGAAGAGUUCAGGAGUCAACUCAGACCCUGAGGGAGCUGGAGAUCUCCCUGAGGACCAACCACAUCGGUUGGGUUCGUGAGUUCCUGAACGAAGAGAACAGAGGUUUAGACGUUCUAGUGGAAUAUCUGUCCUUCACCCAGUACGCAGUCACGUUCGAUGGAGAGUCCUCAGACGGAGGCAGUGAGGUGUCGUCCAUAGACUCUCCAUGGAGCCGAUCCAUCGAGGACCUCCACGGCGAGUGCAGCCUUCCCUCGCCCUCAUCUGCCCCCAGGCAGCCACGGCUGUCUAUCAGCUCGGCCCUGGUAACGCGCUCCAAUACUCUCCCGAGUCGCAGAACUCUGAAAAACUCCAGAAUCAUCUGUAAGAAAGACGACCUACACGUGUGUGUGAUGUGUCUGAGGGCCAUCAUGAACUACCAGUACGGGUUCAACAUGGUGAUGUCACAUCCUCACGCAGUCAACGAAAUCGCUCUGAGCCUGAACAAUAGGAAUCCCAGGACUAAAGCUCUGGUCCUGGAGUUACUUGCUGCUGUGUGUCUGGUGAGAGGAGGACACGAGAUCAUCCUUUCGGCUUUUGACAACUUUAAAACAGUCUGCUCGGAGUCACUGCGCUUUGAGAAACUUAUGGAACAUUUCAAAAAUGAAGAUGACAACAUCGACUUUUUGGUGGCCUGUAUGCAGUUCAUAAACAUUGUGGUGCACUCUGUGGAGGACAUGAACUUCAGAGUCCAUCUUCAGUACGACUUCACCAAACUGUGUCUGGAGGAACAUCUGGAGCGGCUGAAGCACACAGAGUCAGACAGACUGCAGGUUCAGAUCCAGGCGUACCUCGAUAAUGUGUUCGACGUGGGGACUCUGUUGGAGGACGCUGAGACCAAGACGGCGGCUUUAGAGAGAGUGGAGGAACUGGAGGAGAACCUGAACAAUAUGUCAGAGCGGGUUCUGGACGUAGAGAACGAGGCCAUGUUGAAGAUUGUGGAGCUGGAGAAACAACUGAUGCAGACAAACAAAGAGAUGGAGCAGAUCCGAGAGGGCUAUGCUAGCGCUAACACUCAGGUCCACACUUUGCGGCGGAUUGUUAAAGAGAAAGACCAGACGAUUCGCAGACAGAGCCGCUUGGAGCGUCAGAGCGACCAGAUCUUGGCCAAUCAGAGAGGAGAAGGAGAUGGAGGCGUGUCAGAGUCUCCCCCACCCCACCUUUCACCCAGCCCUGAAACUGUGGCCAAUCACAGCCUGGGAGCAGAGAUGCCUCCGCCUCCACCACCACCGCCACCGCCCAUGCCCGACUUUGCUGUGAAGAUAAAGAAGCCAAUCCAGACGAAAUUCCGGAUGCCGGUUCUAAACUGGGUUGCACUGAAGCCGAGUCAGAUCAACGGAACGGUGUUCAACGACAUUGAUGACGAGGCCAUUCUCCAGGACCUGAACAUGGAGCACUUUGAGGACCUGUUUAAGACCAAAGCGCAGGGUCCGGCUGUGGACCUGACGCUGUCUCGCCAGAAGGUGGCGCCCUCCGUCUCCAAAGUUUCACUUCUUGAAGCAAAUCGAGCAAAGAACCUGGCAAUCACUCUGCGGAAGGCAGGAACCAGUGGUGACAUCAUCUGCCGUGCCAUCCAGACGUUCGACCUGCGCUCUGUCAGGGUGGACUUUGUGGAGGUCCUGAUGCGGUUCCUUCCGACUGAGUCUGAGGUGAAGAUUCUGCGUCAGUUCGAGCGCGAGAGGAAACCUGUGGAGCACCUCAGUCCUGAAGACCGCUUCAUGCUGCAGUUCAGCCGCAUCGAGAGGCUGCAGCAGAGGAUGGGCAUCCUGACCUUUAUGGGCAACUUCAGCGACAACAUGCAGAUGCUAACCCCGCAACUUCACGCCAUGAUCGCAGCUUCUGUCUCCAUCAAAUCCUCACAGAAACUCAAGAAGAUCCUGGAGAUCAUCCUGGCUUUGGGGAACUACAUGAACAGCAGUAAACGAGGAGCGGUUUAUGGUUUCAAACUACAGAGUCUGGACCUGGUACUGUCCCUGCAGACACUGCUCAGACCACACUGUCCCUACAGACACCCCUCAGACCUCACUGUCCCUGCAGACACUGCUCAGACCACACUGUCCCUGCAGACACUGCUCAGACCACACUGUCCCUGCAGACACUGCUCAGACCACACUGUCCCUGCAGACACUGCUCAGACCACACUGUCCCUGCAGACACUGCUCAGACCACACUGUCCCUGCAGACACUGCUCAGACCUCACUGUCCCUACAGACACCCCUCAGACCUCACUGUCCCUACAGACACCCCUCAGACCUCAAUGUCCCUGCAGACACUGCUCAGACCACAUUUUGUCUAGAACAUGGAGCCAAGAUUCUAACAAUGAUGUUUUGCUGGAGACUAAGUCCACAGAUCGGACUCAGACCCUGCUUCACUAUAUCUCUGCAGUUGUCCAGGACAAAUAUCCUUCUGUGGCUCCAUUCUACAACGAGCUGCACUAUGUGGAUAAGGCAGCGGCUGUGAGCCUGGAGAACGUCCUCUCAGACGUGAAGGACCUGCAGAGGGGCAUGGAGCUCAUGUGGAGAGAGUUCAGUGUGAGUCAUAACAGCACUCUGAAGGAUUUCAUCUCCAGGAACGAAACCCGCCUGAGCAAGCUGCAGGAGGACGCUCGUAUCGCACAGGACGCCUUUGAAGAUGUGGUGAAGUUUUUUGGGGAGAGUUCUAAGACGAUGCCUCCGUCAGUGUUUUUCCCAAUUUUUGUACGAUUCAUCAAAGCGUACAGAUUGGCAGAGGAGGAGAACGAGGCACGGCGGCGUCAGGAGCAGAUGAUCUUGGAAAAACUGGAAGAACAACAACAACAGCUCCUGCAAGAGGAAGGACAAGCAGAGACUAAGUCUCCCUCUCGGGGGAGGCGGCCUCAGCAGGAGCUUCUGUCGGAGCUGAGACGGAAACAAGUGAAAGAGAGACACGUGUACGAGGGGAAGGACGGGGCGAUCGAGGACAUCAUCACAGCUCUGAAGAGUGUUCCAUUCACGGCACGGUCGGCCAAACGCAGCUCACGAUUCCUCUGUGAACCCGCCCACCUAGAAGACCACUGA